UCCUAUGGCAACCCCCACCCUGUUCAAACCAAAAUUCAGCAGCAAAACAAGCUAUUCCAAGCCCAGAGACUGAAACCAGAAUUCAUGGAUACUUGAUGACAGCUCAAAGAGGCACACUUAGGAUCUCUGGCUGGGCUGAGCUGUGGGAGCUCUGCAGGGGCAAUGGGGAAUUUGUCAAGCUCAGGGCCACCUCCGAGUCCCCACUGUGGCACCUUCAAGAGCCCAAGGGGCAGAGACCUGAACACCAGGAAACCAAGUGCAAUUACUAGAAACUGAAUGAGUGGAAAGCCACUGCACUGUCUGGGGACAGGUCUGCAUCCUUGUCCCCGCAUGGCAUGCCUCCCCUGGCCAGGGUGUGCGUGCCUGGCUAGACACUGACUAUGUACAUAUGUCUCCACGAACUGUGCCCUGUGCAUCCUGGGGUCUGUCAGCCAGAGUGACUUGCAAACGUCCUGCAAUCUGAACCCAAAGUCAAGCCCGUCAUCAAAACCCUCCAGAUCCGUGUGCAGCUGGAUUUGGCAGCUGGCGGCCAGAGAGAGAGGGCUGGAGCCUCACCCACUGUGGAAGGUGGACCCCAGGACCUCAGAUUUACACGGGAGAAGCCCUGGGCUCCCUCACUCUUGUGGGGGUGACACCGUGAAUGGCCCAGAGCCUGACUGUGCCUGGGGCCAUGUACAACGAGGACUGAGAAGUGGACACACACCCCCUUUUAGACCACGCUGUCUUGCAUCUGGGUUGUAAUUUGCAAGGGGCCGGCAAGGAAGGAAUGCUGGGCUGUGGAAUGACCCCUGGAGCACCUGCGGGGAAUGAGGCUCCUUCUGCAGCAGUCUGAGACCAGCUCCCCUGUCUCACAGCCACGGAGAAGGAGGCAGUCCUUCCUGAUCUCAGGAGACUGGCCUCUGAACCAAGCCUCCCAGAAGAACAAAUGGGGCGCAGCCGCCAAGGAGGGCAGGACACCAGCUGGUGGGAGUCCAUCCCAGGAGGGAACCCCGGAGAACAGAAGUUACUUUUUUACUUAUUGUUGCUGUUGUUAUUCUAGGGUGAGCAGUUGGGUGCGGGAGCAUCGUCAGGGGAAGGCGCCUGGGCAUACGACUGUCCUCCCCCAACCUUUUGGAAGCAAGACUUUUGGAAUCAAAAUAGAUCAAGUGAAAUAGAAGGUAGUGAAUGUGAAGGAAAGGAUAGCUGCGUCAGUCGGAAGAAGAAGCCAAAGGCAAAGAUGGAUUGAUCCCAAGGAUGGGAAGAUUCACUGCUCUGUGUUUGUUGGGCUGCAGAAGCAAUUCUAGUGAGAAAAACCCAUGGGAAGAUGAAAAUGACUGAAAUUCAGGCCCGAAGGAAUCAAGGGAGGAGGGAAUCCAACAGAAAAGCUGACAGUUCUCAGAAGGACAAAUCCAAGGAUGAAGAAGGACGUGGAGCUCAGUGCAGAAGGGGCACCCAGCCAGAUGGGGAGGGAUGUCCAGACCAAACCAAAAGAUUAUGGGGCUCUAUGCAAACAUGCACCCGAGACAGAUGAGAAGUGACCGUUCUCUUUUAAAAUCUAAACCCAAAGCACCGCCACACCAGCCCCCAUGACUUUCCCACAUUUGGUAACCAAAAGCAAAUGAACUGAUGUCUUGGCUUCAAAAAAGGAGGCAUCUGAGCCUCCAGGUAGCACUGGGAACGUGGAACCACGCAGUCAGUGAAAAUGAAAAGCACACCUGCUUUCUCUGGGCCCAAGAAGCACAAGGAAGCCUUGCUUUGCUGACUCCGCAGGCAGAAAUCUGGGAGGCACUUGAAGGUCUCUGGGAAGCUGUUCCCACAACACAAAGUGUUCAUCCUCUCCCUGUGGUAGGAGCGUGGUCCUCAUGCCCUCCUGCCCGACGUCUGUCCACUCUGCCCUCCCACUCAGACAAUGGGAUGCGAAUGGCGGUGGCUUAGAAAACAGACCCAUCCGGGUCCACUUUCAGACAGCUACUUCCCUGCAGUGGACGCCGGCCAAGUACUUGCCGCUCCAAGUCUUAAUAUCUUCAUCUGUGGAAUGGGGUGAUAGUCCCCAUGCCCACCUCACAAGAGGUCUCGUGGGGCGCAGCUGGACAGUUAGACCCACAAGACUCUCAGACACUGGCAGGAGGCGCGGCAGGCAGCAUCAGUGCAUCGCUGUGGGAGUCGUCCUCAGCGGAGACCAUCCAGCCCCCUGGAGAUGCUCAGGAUAUUUUCCUGCGCAAUCUGAAGGCAUUGCAGCCACCUCGAAAUCUCCAGAAGGUCUGUGUUGCAAACUCACUCAAUUGUAUUAAGUCUUGGUCCAUGAACUAUGUAUGGGAUGGAGCCAAUGGCUAAAGGACGGACUGAAAAAAGUUUCAGCUACAUUGUCAGAGCCCCCAGCAGCGAUGGGUUUGAUGUAAUGAACGUUGAUGUGAAGAUUGACACGUCCUGGAUCUUCCAGGACGCAGACGAUAGCGACGAGGAGCAGGGAUGUCUUCCAGAAGGAGUAGCCCGAAGCCCAGACCUCCAUACGGGAAGGCUCAGGAAGCAGCUGGAAUCCUCUGAGCAGAAGUUGUUGGCAGCCGUAGACAAGUACGUGAUGUCAGAGUCUGGGCUGAGGAGCAGAAUUCAGGAGCUGGAGCUGUCGGAGAGGAAACUUCUCCAGAAAGUGGACCAGCUGAGCGGCCACGUGUUCCAGGAGAGAAGCGCCUCUGUCCGGGCCCAGGAGAAGCUGGAGGCGCUGCAGGGGGAGCUCGCCAGCCAGGUGCGAGAGAAGGAGCACGCGGCCCGGCGGCAGCGGUGGCGGCUGCGGCGGCUGCGGGAGCGGCUGCGGCGCAAGGACGAGGCGCUGGGGCGGCAGGCGGCGGCCCUGGAGCGCUGCCGGCGGAUCCAGCGGCGCCAGCUGCGCCUGGUGCGCGGGCAGGAGCGCAUCCUGCGGGCGCAGGUGCAGCGGCUGGAGCUGGACGUGCGGCGCCUCUGCCGCGCCGCGGGCCUCCUGCUGGCCGAGCUGGACGCCUCGGCCCCGGGCAGCCCACUACCACCGGGCCCGGCCGGCCGCCCUGGCGUCCCCGAAGAAGCCGCGGAGCUGCGCGCCCUGCGGGCGAGGGCCGAGCGCGACGAGCGCGAGCGGGACGAGGCGGCGCGCCGGCUGCGGGAGCAGCGCGCCACCGAGCGCCGGCUCCGCGGGCAGCUGGAGGAGCUGCGCUGCAGCAUCUACGGGCUGCAGCUGUCGGAGAUCGGCCUGCAGGGCCAGGUGGAGGACCUCGCCCAGCAAAACAGGCGCCUGCGAAAGGAGCUGGGAGCCCAGGCCCCCGGGGAGAGAGCGCUCAGCACUGCUGGUCACGGUAGCCUGGAUGCGCUGGGUCGUGUUCAGGAUGGAUCGCUUCUCCUGCCGAGGGAGGAUGCGCUGGGCGCCUGCGGAAGCCACAGCCGGCAGACCUCCCCCGACUCUGACGGGGCCCCUCCACCAAGGGGCUCAGCAGGCCAGCCCUCCGAGGGGUCCUGCACCUGGGGCUGCAUCGAGGCUGGACAAGGCCCCCCUGCUUUGAUGCCAGGCCCGGAGACGACAGACGAGCUCCCAGGAGACUUUGCAGGCUCUGACUGUGGACAGUUUACUCCAGCUGAGCCCAGCUUGGGUGAACAGACUCUUCUUCUCAUCUGUGGCUGCCCCCCAGGGCAGUGGGUGGACGGCUCACUCCUCCCCGUGGAGCCGGCCUGGAUGUCAGAGCAGAAACUAGCAGCCGCCCCAGCCCAGGAGUCCCUUCUGGUGCAGACGUCCACACGCCCUCCCUGGGGGCAGGCUGGGGACCCAGCUCCCCUGCCGCUGCCACUGCCACUGCUGCUCCUGGAAGCUUCCACAGAAGGACAGCAAGCCCAGCAGGGCCUGGAGGCCAGGCCCCCGCCUGCCCCCUCAGCUUCAGGACACUCCAGCCGGGAUCAUCACCGGGCAAGGAGCCACGAUGCCUCCCUCUGCCAGGAGUCCCCAUGUAUUUCAAGUCACCAAUUUCCCAGGAGAGGGCCCAGGGAUCUAAAAGACCUUUGGAAGGAGGGAGGAGGAGCCCCAGGGUGGAGACCAGAGAUGCAGGGGCUGAGGAUUUGGGGCAGGAAGGAGGAAGACCUCAGUGACAGGUGCCAGCCAUGUCAGGAAAGCUGUGAGAACCUGAGCCUGCAGGAUGGUGUUGGGACCCCAGAGAGCUCGCAGAAUGAGAACGGGGGUCCAGAACCGCAGCCCCCGCCGGAGGCUCUACUGCCUCUUCUGCAGCGGGCGGCCUCGGUGUCAGCGCAGGGUCCUGAAUCCCUGGGCAGGAGGGGGCAGGGGGAAGGGCGUGUCUGGGGCUUGCGAGAAGGAGGGCUGUCAUCAUCCUUAUCAGAGGAGGAGGCCCCGGAAGCCGCCUUCUCCAGCGCUCCGGGCACCAACAGGCCACCUCCCAAAGGUGCUCAGCCCCUUGCUGAGCAGGGCAGAGCCAUCAGGAGAGUUCAGGGCAAGGAGAAAAUCCACGUGUGGUCUGCAAAUGCUCUGCUUCUGCCAGAGGACAGCCCUGAGGACAGCCCUGAGGACGAGGGACAGGAAGAGGAGGAGGAGAAGGUGUUGCAUCUGGAAGGGUCCCGCUCGGGCCACAGGGAUGUCCCGGAGGAGUCUGGCUCCGAGGACUGUGAGGUCCAGGAGACGCGUUUCUUACUGGACGAGGGAGGUUUGUUACCAUCUCCAGGACUGGCCUUAUUGCCAGAGGGGGCGGGACCCACCAGUCACCUCUGGGCUCCAAACGGAGCACACGAUGGGAUGGUGCUCAGGUUGGAGGAAUUUGAAAAGGAGAUGGAGGCUUGUUUCCAGCAACUCUCCAUCCUGAUGCGUGGGAGUGGGGGACGUGGGUGGAACACUUCAUCAUUGGCGGGAGAGAACUGGAGCUUUGCUCGAAGAUGGCCCGGCUGCCGGGAGCACGCUUACCCUCAGCAGGCUUUGGCAAACCAGAGUACGGAUACUUGGUUUGCCAACAACGCAAACCCCAGAGAGUGUAGUGAAGAUGCUAAGCUGGGAAAGACGGAGGCCCUGGGAACCAGCCAAGUUCUUCCUGGGCUGGUGCCUGAUCUGGUCGACUUGAGCCCAGGCCCCCCCGAGGGGCCCUCCGAGCUGGGUCAGUCCGGGCUCCCUCAGCAGCCGAGAACCCUCAAGGGGGUGAGAAGAAGGUUUCGUUGGCUCAUUUCUGGAUUGAAGAAAGAGAGUAGCAAAGUUUUACAUGAUAACGCCAAACUUCAGGGAGAUCAGGAGAGAUGCCACAGAAAACUGCGUAUCCUGGAAAAAGAGAGGGAGAGAAAUGCGAAAAAAAUAUCUGCACUUGAGCAGGAUAAGAGUGUGCUGCUAGGAGACAUCGCUCACUUACGGAGGGAGCUGGACCAGCACGUGCAGGUCAUUUCGGACCUUGAAGACUGCAAUGGGAAAAGUUACUGCAAAAUUUCUGAACUUGAAGAGGAAAACCAAAGACUGAAAAGAGACCUGGGGCAGCUCCAGAAAGCCAUGUCUGCGAGCAUCAGAAAAUCCAAAGGCGGGAUGGGGUGCAUCACCCUGGAAAACUGGGAGCUCAGUGCGCUGACUUCGGAGCUCGGAGUCAGUUACAAAGAGCUGAUAAAGGAUGUAGUUCUGGGAAUAGAAGACAUGAUCCGGGCCUUCAGGGCAGAGAACGAACACCUUCUACGCAGGAUCCGAGUCCUGGAGGGAGAAGUCACUUCAGGGAGCAGCACAGAUGGGGGGCGUUUGGUGGGAGCAGAGGCGUGUCCCCAAGGAAAAAGCACAGUGGUGGUGGACAAGGUGAACGCUGGAGAAAACGGGGUGCAGGUGACUCAGCUUUCAGAGCAACUGACUCUAAGGGUCCCUGGGCCACCCUCGGAGCAGGAAAUGGGUCUGGCUGGAGGGUGGACGGGAACUUGCUCAGGCCUGGAGAAUUCUAGAUGCAGUUCUGAAUCUACUGCUCCAUCACUGGUCUGGGGAGAUGCUCCAGGGUCCAGCGCCCCGCAGGGAAACACUGGUGAGGAAGGAGUGAAGGAGGCGCAUUUGGAGAAAGAGGAUAAGGGACCAUCGUGUUCUGCAGACAGAGGGCGAGCUCUGAGGUCCCCACCCCAUGGCCCCCAGGAGCCGGAGGCUGAGGCCUCCGAGGAGGACCUCAGGCUGAGCAUCAGGCAGCUCCGUCACCAGGCGCUGACCCUGCGGUGCCAGCUCAGGGACCAGGGCUCGGCGCCCCGGCUGCUGCCGGCCUCCCGCGGUGAGGUCGCCCGUCUCCGGGGCCAGCUUGACGAACUUCAGAAAAAGCACCACGAGGCAAAUUUGGCUGUGACGCCUUUGAAGGCCAAGCUGGCUUCUCUGGUCCAGAAAUGCCUGGAGAGGAACCACCUGAUCACACACCUGCUGUGGGAGCUGCACAGACAUGGGGCGGUGAAUCAUCUGCUCUCCGAGAUGGCGCGCAGCAUGGUGAACGACACAGCCCUGGCCGAGUACGCGGCCACCUUCCUGGCUCCCAGGGUCCCAGAGACAAGCCACCACCUGGACGUCGACUCUGAGAAGACAGCAGUUGUAAGAGUUCAGAAGUACCUCCUGAAUCCCGAAAUGGACAGUGUCCUCCAAAGACCUUUGCAUUCAGAGUCCUGGCCUAUUCCUGAGACUGAGUGGCCAGUACAGACAGCUCGACUGGAUUCUUUGAAGUUUCCCGGGCCCUCAGGAACGACGCCUGACCCUGGAAUUUGCCUGGCUGCAGUCCCUGGGGAACCAGGGCUCCCUCUACAAGGUCUGCAGGAACGAGGCGGAAUGACCUGCCCUGUCCUCCAAGCCAACGCCCUCCCGCCAUCCCCCGAACUCCUGAGCCCCGAGAGGAUCCUGACUUUGCACCAAGAGCUUAGACAAAGCAUCAGCCGCAGUUCCCAGAAGCUCACGGAGAAUCUCGCCUUCUCCACGUGCGCGGGGACCUGCCGGCUGCUUGCCUACAGCUCUCGGUCGGAGCAAACAAAGAAAAGAAGACAGCACAGAGCCAAGCACAGCAAGCUGGAAAACAGUCGCACCCCUCCCACCCGACCAGUGGAGCAGAGGUGGCCCCGUGACUCGUGAUGCCUUCCAGGAAGCUGAGCUACCAGCCAAAUGAUCACCUUCCUAUUUCAAGUCACUCUUGAGAACGUCUCUACUCUGUGUGAUACCAACCAGGGGGACAAGAGGGAUGGCUGUUUAACUGUCAGAAGCCCGUCUGUAUUGGCACAGGCUGGUGGCAGGAGCCUAGAGCUGGAGUCCCACAAUCCUGGCUGGCUCGGCCACCCCUACGCUGUGUCCCUGUGCAUUACUAACCUUUUUCGAACUCCCACUUCUUCAUCUGUCUGAGGGGCCUAACACCUUCUUGACAGCUUCGUUCUGAUGACCAAAUGAGCUAGUGGCUGCUCUGAACGCCAAGAUGCCUCCCACGGGUCAGGGAUCAUUGUUGUUUGUAAAAUGUGAUCCCGUCUCCUUUCGCUCACCGUCUCUCAGGGGUGCACUCCGCCGGAAGGACCCAUCACACUUCAGCUCUACGCAGCUGCCACCCAAGAUGGGUGAGGUGGGUGGGGCCUGGCAGAACAAUGGCUUAAAUGAGGCCUUGAUGUU